CCACCUCCGCCGCUGCCGAUGCUGCGUCCAUAUUGAGCCAGCCAGCUUCCUAGCGGCCACUGCGCGCGCUGCGUACUGCUGCAGACGCUUGCGCCUUGCGGAUGUUAGACACAGCAGCUGAUCGGUGCAAACGCAACUGAAUCUCGCACCUUCGAAAGUUGAUCGCGCUGGGCUUCCGCGUAUGCUAUCGAGAAGAGUCUCACUGCCGCAGCAGCCACGAUGAGUCAGACACAGUCGCAGCUUCCUUGGAUGAAGCCACAGCAACAGCAGCCGAGCGCAGUGCCCGCCUGGAUGCAGAAGGGAUCCGUCGCCAUGCCGGGCAUGGCCCCCGCGCCGCCGCAAGCCGGGUCGCACCAGGCCCCGGCGAAGCUGCCUUGGCAAAAAGACCCAGCGGUUACGUCAACGCAUCAGGAGGUGCUGCCAUCUGGUGCGCUAAAGACCGUCGAAACGACGACGGAGACGGCGAAGCAGCAGAAGGACGGUGUCGAGAUCACGAGGACUAAGCGCGAGACGGUGACGCACAUCGCCGGCUCCGACGCUCUGCAGAAUCUCGUCUUCAAGAUGCCCAAAAUGGAGGAGGCCGAAAAGAAGAAGAAGAACGUCUGGCAGCCGUCGUACGUGCCGCCUCUACCCGAACGACAGCCGACCGCCUACGUGCCGGUAGAGGGCGAGUACAUACCGGAUCCAAACCUGCCGCCACCGGAAGCCCCAGCCGUCGAGGAGGGCGACGAACCGUUGCCAGCCGACGUCCAGAAGAAGCUGCAACCGGCGCCGGAUGAGGAAGGGUCUCCGAUGUCGCCAAAGAAGGCGUACGGCUCCUCCGCGUACUUCGAGGAGGGCGAAAGCAAGUAUCCGACCGUCGAGGAGCAGGUGAAGAUGUGCAAGGUCGUCGCGCAGACGCUCACGUCACCGAAGAACGUCAAAUCGCGCGGCUCGAAGAUGUUCUUCAAGCGGCAGACCCGCGCCAAGAAGUGGACCGUGUCGAACAUGCCCGACGACGACGCCGCCGCCGCCGCCGACGACGACGGCUCGGAUUCCGAGGGCGCGCCGACGACGCCCGACUCGGCGACGACGCGAGAGGGCGUGCCGCGCUUCCUACUCAAGCCAAGCGCCUUCGAGGAGAUGAAGCAACGCGAGCACAUCGAGAUGUCCGACCACAAGCACGUGCAGCCGCGCAAGUGCUUCGACCUCGCUAACCAGCUGCAGACGACCACGCACGGACGCGGCGCGAAGCUGUUCCACAAGCGACAGGAGCGCUCCGAGAAGUGGGUGCACGACGAGACAACCGUGCCACAGUCGGCGCACGGCGGCGAGCCGGAAGCGAGGCCGGAAGCCGUGCGCGUCGAGCUGGAGAAGGAGGGCGGGAAGGCGGUCGAGUAUGGCGAGACGUUUAAUGUGAAGCCGAAGGGAUGGCAGGCUCAGGCGGACACAACAGACGACGGGCCCGACCAAUCACAGACCGUGGCUGAUACGGCUGGCCCUACCAGCUCAUCGUUUGCGCCUCCUCAGCCUCAGCCUCAGCCUCAGCCUCCGCCGCCCACAUAUAAUCCAAAUACCGUGCCGUGGAAUAAGUCGCAACCUCAGCCCACAUCUCAGCUUCCCACCGCCCCCUGGGCCCAGCAGAUUAAGCUGAAGCAAACGCCAUCUGGCGGCGCUCCUUGGGCGAAGCAGCCCGAGCAAGCAGCGGCCGCGCCCGUGUUGCCCCCAGCGCAGCCGACAGCACCCUCACCGGCUCCCCCACAGUCACCCACAGCUCCUGCUCCACCUCCGCCUCCGCCACAGCAGUCAUCGCAAGUACCAUCCCCUCCCACACAGCCGCCACAGCCCCAGACACAGGGCGGGGUGCCAUGGCGACAGCAGCAGACUGCACAGCAACCCACAGCCCAGCAUCAGGGAGGAACGCCAUGGAGACAACAACAGGCACCUCAAAAACAGGCGCCACUACAGCAGGCACCACAACAACAGGCACCUCAAAAACAGGCGCCACUACAGCAGGCACCACAACAACAGGCACCUCAAAAACAGGCGCCACUACAGCAGGCACCACAACAACAGGCACCGCAACAACAGGCACAGCAACAACAAGGAGGGGCGCCAUGGAGACAGCAACAGGCGUCACAGCAACAAGCACCACACCAACCAGCGCCACCACAACAACAACCACCACAACAGCAAGCACACCACAACAGGCCCCACAACAACAGACACCACAACAGCAAGGAGGGGUGCCGUGGAGACAACAACAAGCACCGCAGCAACAUGCGCCCCAGCAACAAGGAGGCGUGCCGUGGAGGCAACACCAGGCCACACAGCCACAAGCCUCACAGCCACAAGCUCCACAGCCGCAAGCCUCACAGCCACAAGCCCCACAGCCACAAGCCCUACAGCCACAAGCCCCACAGCAACAAGCCCCACAGCCACAAGCCCCACAGCCACAAGCCCACAGCCACAAGCCCACAAGCCACAGCCCAAUCACAAGCUCGCACAGCCACAAGCCCACAGCAACAAGCCCACAGCCACACAGCCCACAGCGCUAUCAACCGACAGCCACACGCGCCACAGCCACAGGCUGCACAGCAGCAACCCCAGACGCAGGGCGGUGCACCGUGGAGACAACCACAGGCUCAGGCACACCCAGCUCCCGUGGCAGGUGCGGCAUCUGGUGGUGCUCCUUGGCGCAAUAAGCAGUCAACGCAGGCGACAGAACAGUCGCCAGCUCAGAAUCAGACGAUUGCGACAUCGGCUGCGCCCCAGCCUAGUCAACAAGCAGCAGCGCCAUCAAGCGGAGCGCCCUGGAGAACGGCAACCUCCACUCCUGCUGCGACAGUUUCUCAGGAGGCGGCGGCACAACAGGCGCCAUCCGUGGCGCCACCUACCACCAACGGAGAGGCUUUAGAGCAGCAGACGGCUCCGCAGGGCGGUGCCCCGUGGCGUCAGCCCGCGGCAGCGCCACCCUCGCAACCGUCAUCUGGCCUUCCUUGGGCAAAGAAACAGCAGCCAGCCGCACCUUCACAGGGCGUACCGUGGCGCCAAGCACAGUCGACCUCGACUCCCGGUAGGACCGCGUCGUGGCCGCCCCGGAACUGAGCGGUCAACGGUCAAGCGCCGUCGAGGUUAACCGCGCGUUAUAUUCUAGCUAUCACCGUGUUAGCGACGAGUGCAGUGCUGUCCGUAACGAUGUUCACUUGUUUGUGUCGAGAGUCGCCGGACGCACGCGGUCUCAUCGGAAAAUCGUCAAAUAUUGUCGACUUAAUGACAAAAGCUAUCAGUGAGAUAAUGUUUAAGAUAAUGUUUAAAUCGAGAACUUAAAUAAAUGCUUUAAUACCGACGAGACGCGUACAUCCCGCUUCCACGUGUGAGCCAUCCGUUGUUAUUUAUUUUACUCGUCUAAUGACUUAUAUAGUUCGCAUGUACCGUUGAUUAUACAACUUCGUGCACGGCCGAAAAAGGUGAUGUCAAUCGUGUAAUCAUCUACCCGGACGUAAAUUGGUCCGGUAUUGGCAUCGAUCAAUCGUAAUCUGCAAGGUAUCUUCGAACCUUUCAGGCAUUUCGUUACAUCUGUAUUUUCAUCCUCUGUGUUGGUCCAGAAGAGGCAAUACAUUGCGCUUUGUAUGGUUAAUGUUAAGAUUAUGAUUAGUGGUAAGGUUGGAUUUGAGGACGGGGUUAGGUUUACUGGAGUUAACUAUCCUUGCGCUAAACCAUAACAUUAACAGUAACCUGUUAAUAAUUCUGCGCAAUAGUUUAGGUUUUGUUUAUACGCUUUUCCAAAUAUUGCUGUGUCUUUGUUUUACUGGACUGAUAACUAUCACCCAGUUAGCAGCAUCUGCGCAGAUGUCUAAGUAAAGCGUGACUGAUGAGUGAAUGGAGCUAGCUACUGGAAUUACCAAAUUUAUGGGGUGGUAGAGGGCGGCUUAGCUUUCCUCGACAAAAAACAAAAUUAUUUAAUAAUAUAUAUAACGAAAACGUAAUAUAAUAAACGUAGCACAAAACGAAGAAAAAAUAAUGUGACUUGUAUAUGUGUAGUUAUUGUAUAAGGACGUGCCAGCAUUUGAUGGUUGGCAUCACGUGAUCGAAAGCCAAAAAAAGAAAAUAUUGUCGCACUAUUUCAUGAUGAGGGUACGUGCGUGCGUGCGUGCGUAUGCGCGUGUGUGCGUACGUGUUUAUGCACGCGUGUGCGUGCGUAUGCGUGCGUAUGCGCGUGUGUGCGUGCGUUUUAACAUACGUAAGCUUCGACUAUCAUUAUAUGCUGCAGCUAAACGAAAUUCACAAAAUAUUUGUUAAGAUAUCUAAUGUUGUAAUGUUGUCUAGCAGCCUGUUGUUACCGACAUAAUAAAUAGUCAUGACAUUUACCAUAAGUUUAAUAUGUCACAACCUUUGAAUAAAAUGUGCAAACGUUAUGUCAUCUUAUGUAUACUUAUCGCAGUCAUAACUAUUUAUGCUUCUGAUAACGGGUCCGUGACUAUUUAUAAAAUCUCAUGAGUUCUCGCAUGCGUUAUUUUAUCUAUCGGGUGGCGAUGAGUAGUUGUGCCGUUCUUCCGCUAGUUGGCGCUGACGGCACGGUUUCUGUUUCUAAUGGCGCUAAUGAAUGUCUUUGUCCCUAUAUCGAACCACGUGUCGAGCUUAGUCUGUGAAUGCUUCUUAUCUUUAUAGGCGACGUGUGCGAUUUGUGUUUUUGGUUGUAUUCACUCGCAAACGAUUUCAGCGUGUUGUACAUGGCGGGACAUCGUGUUGUUACUAGUACAUGGCGGGAGGUAUCUAUCUUGGAGUAACAAACGUGCAUAUCUGUACCGUCCCAGGUUCGCUUCGCCCACGGAAUAUCAGGAAAAGUUGGCGUACAGUUCAUGAUAGUUAACGAGAAAAAUGAUGAUUGAAUAAAAACAGCAAUACGUCUGACGUCACGGGUUUCUUGUUCGCAGGCGGCACGACAAUGUGUUCGUUGCAAUUUUUAGCUUGUACAAAAAAUAAGUGCCAAUAAAAACGUGUUGUUUUCACAAAAGAA